UAGGACCAAGUGUAGCCUUUAGAUUAGAUCUUUAAGCUUUAAGACUUAAUAGCCAAAGUCUCAGUGUCACGUCUUGUAGAUAUGCUGCCCUCCACCAUUCGUCUUUCGCCCAAGUCGCAUCACCUACAUAGGACAUUUACCACUCUCAACCCCAUCCCAGCCACCUUCCUCCGUGGAGGAACAUCGAAAGGCAUAUUCCUGAACAGGGCUCAUCUUCCGGAAGACCAAUCUCAAUGGGGCCCCAUUUUCCUAGGGAUUAUGGGCUCCCCGGACACAGCCAAUGGUCUCCAGAUCAAUGGCAUGGGCGGUGGUAUAUCAAGCCUGUCCAAAAUAUGUGUCGUUGGCUCAGCCUCUGUGGAACAGCAGGCGCAAGGCAUUGACGCCGAGUACACCUUUGUCCAAGUGGGAAUCCGUGAUACCACCGUCGACUUCUCUGGAAAUUGUGGAAACCUUUCCAGCAUGGUUGGUGUAUUCGCCAUGGAUGAAGGAUUUUGUUCCCGAGAUCCUUGCGCUCUAUCCGGAACCACCACUACCAUUCGAGCUCAUAACACGAAUACAAAUAAAACAAUUGAUACUACAUUUCCCGUGACCUUUGCUGGCGGUAGCCUACAGCCCAAACUAGACCUGCCACAGACCACAAUAGCAGGGGUCCCGGGAAAGGCUUCACAAAUCACCCUCGAAUUUAUCUCCCCAGCAGGUGCGCGCACUGGCAAACUACUUCCUACAGGGAAGCCACUUGACUCCGUGAACACGCACGACCAAGAAAUCCCAGUCUCCCUCGUCGACGCCACAAAUCCCACAGUGUUUGUAACACAUGCAGACUUAUGUCGCGUUCUUCGCCCCUCGUCCCUCAUUGAUUUUUCAGCCCCUAAUUCGCGGGAAUUGAUGGAGUAUAUCAGACGGGCAGGUGCGAUUAAGAUGGGCCUUGAUCCAAAUUCGCAAGCCCAGCCAAAAAUUGCAGUGCUGUCGCCGUCGUGUAACACAGAUCAUGACAUUGGUAUUCAUGUCUUCUCGAUGGGCAUCUUGCAUAAAGCCGUACCCAUGACAGUGGGUCUGUGUCUUGGUGUUGCUGCGAAAGUCGAGGGCACGUUAGCUUGGGAUUUGACUGAGUCAAUGCGUCUCGGGAAGGUGGAGGAUUGUGAGUUUGUCAGAAUCAAACAUCCGAGCGGCAUCGUAGAAGUGGGAGCAGAUUUUGGAGCAGAUAGUGAGGUUUUGAAAGCGAAAGUAGUUAGAACCGGAAGGAGAAUCAUGAAAGGGGUUGUCUGGUGGUAGAGCUAAAUAUUUAUAGGGAAGCUCACGCCUUAGGAGUUUACGAUCUUAUCCGUACUUAUGCUUGCGGUGUCCGCCCGUUUGCGAGUAUCGCACCUCUAUCACCCAGAUAUCUUGAUAUGUAAGGACCGAAUUGUACCAAGCAACUGCAAAAAGUGGUUCAGCUGAGGAUCGAACUCAGAA